AAGAAGAGAGAAGAAAGAACAAAACAAGGAAGAAGCACUGGCUAGUUAGCAUCUAUGAUUAUCAUAAUGAGCUAAAGCGUCCUGCAUUGUAGUAACCACAGCUACUUUGUUUACUUUAACCAGACGGGUUUUGUCUGACAGCUGCAGUGGACACUGACAACUAUUAUGAAGUUGCUUUAAAUAAGAAAUAACAGUUGUUUUACCCACAUUAACAAUGUUUGGCAAGUCGUAUCAGCUGCUCCCUCAGAGGGACUCGAGGACUCCUGGCUUGUUUGUGGACACUCACAGCUUCACACAGCGAGGUUACCACAAAGGUUUAUCAUUUGACAACUUCCCCAAUGUGUCCGAAAACGACUUCACUGAUACCUCCCAAGGAUGGCUGUCCUGGAUUUGCAACCUGAUUGUCAUCUUCCUUGUCUACGUCUGCACCUUUAUAACAUUUCCUAUAUCAGGAUGGUUUGUACUGAAAACGGUGCCUAACUACCAGAGGGUAGUGGUGUUUCGUCUGGGUCGAGUUGGUCCUCCUAAGGGCCCUGGUAUUGUCCUUGUGCUACCCUUCAUUGACCAGUGGCAGAGAGUUGACCUGCGCACCCGUGCUUUCAACAUCCCUCCUUGCCGGGUGAAUACUCUGGAUGACGGUUUGUUGGCAGUGGGAGCAGACAUCCAGUUCAGGAUCUGGAACCCCGUCAUGUCAGUACUAUCAGUCCAGGAUCUGAACGCCUCGACCAGGAUGACGGCACAGAAGGCUAUGACCUACACCCUGGCCAAGAAGACUGUCAGGGAGAUCCAAACUCAGAGAGUUAAACUUGGAGAAUAUCUCGUGAUGGACAUAAAUGAGAUGACUCGACCCUGGGGGCUGGAGGUGGACAGGGUAGAGCUUACCCUGGGCUCUCUACUAAAAGCACCAGGGGAAGGCCUCUCUGGACCCCUCAUCGUGCCUCCUUCUGUGCCUCCUUCUGUGCCUCCUUCUGUGCCUGGACUGGAAGGCAUCACUGGCCCCAUUCAGCAGUUGGCCAUGCACUUUCUGGGCAACAUUUCACAGCCUCAACAAGAGGACUGCAUAACUUUUACAGAUGAGUUCAGCAGUGCCCCUCUGGCAGUUGUGGCCACACCAGUUUCUGUUGAAGAGCUGCUUGGCGAGGUCAAGCUCCUGCUCUCGGAAACUUUGGUCCACCAGGUUGGGGCCAGCUUCCAGUUUGAAAUAAGCUCGGAAGACGGACAACAUCAAAGUUACUAUGUGGAUUUGAGCCAAGGUAGCGGUGCCGCUGGAGCAGGGUCCUUGUUCAGAGAGCCAGAUGUGACACUGAGCAUGAGUGACAGCGACCUUCUGGCCAUGUUCCUGGGCGGACUACAACCAUUUUCUGCUUACACCAGUGGCAGACUCAAAAUCCAGGGAGACAUUAAGACUGCCAUGAGGCUGGAAGAACUCAUAAAGCUACUUAAGAAAUAGCUUUCAUAGUAGCAUUCGUAUACAUAUUUAUGAAAUCUUUAAGUUGAACUGUACAGAACAUGCUGUUCAUGUAUACAUUUGUUUUAAACUGAGUGUCUGUUAUGGCCUUGUCUUUCUUCACAAAUCAAAGCAAAUGCUUGUUUACAAGACAAACUUCCUGAAGGUCUUCAGGCUUUAUAUUACUUGGCAUAGUCUCACUUUUUAUUUACAGAUGAUUACAGGUUGGUAUGAUACAAGAUAACAUUUUCAGUAAGUAAUGCUGAAUACACUGUGGUGUAUUCUAUUAGGCUGUUCGAUUGGAGACUGCUGUUCAUGUAUACAUUGAUUACAUUUGUUUUAAAC